AUGGAAUCUGUUGAAGUAAUGUUAUCUGUCACAAGGACUAAAGAUAAACUAACAAUCGACUUUUUUAUGCCAUCGAGUGCAACUAUUCUUCAUGUGAAAGAAAAGAUUGAAAAAAUUCUCAAAUACAAAGUUGAAUCGCAAGCUCUCUUUUGUAAUGGUAAAACUUUAGAAGAUGAUCAUUCUCUUGAAUUCUAUAAAUUUGGAAAUUUUGCGAGGCUUGACCUUGAUGAGCUUCCCCCACAAAAAAAAUUCUGUAUUUUGGUGAAGUCUCCUAAUAAGGAAACUCUUAUGAAGGUAAAAGCAACAACUACUGUGUCAUAUUUGAAGGACAAAAUUGAGAAAAAAUGGGGUGUUUAUAAGGAUCGCUUGAUUCUAGCACACAAUCAUGAAGCAAUGGAUAAUAAUCUUCCUCUCUCUCGCUAUAAUGUUCAUACACACCCAGUGAUUGAAGUUGUGAUUCAAGAUGAACCACGUUAA